AUGAUGCGCCUCAUUUUUGGUCGGAGCGGCUCUGGAAAGCUGAAAGAGGAGGAAACGCCGAUAGGCCCUGCGGACCCCACCGCGACUUCGGAUUUGGCUGAGGCGAUUCACCGGAACAAGGAGGCGAUUGAAACGCUGGAGAAGCGCCAGCAGCACAUCGAGAAGAAAAUUCGCAUCCAGGAGACCUCGGCUCGCGAGCGCGUCGCCUCUGGAGACCGCAGAGGGGCGCUGCUGUGUCUGCGGAGAAAGAAGCUUUUUGAGCAAGAUCUGGAGCAAGUUCUCACCUCGCGUCUGACGCUCGAAACGCAGAUCGUCACGCUUGAGGCAGCCCAUACUCAGCAGCUCGCCGUGCAAGCUAUUGCUGGAGCAGCCAAAGCCCAUCGAAAUUUCAGCCAGAAGCUAAGCAUAGGAAAGAUUGACCGCCUGCUGGACGACAUCCAGGAACAACAGGACUUACAGCAGGAAGUCACGCAGGUUCUUGCCCAAGGCCUGCCGCCUCUCGACGACGCGGAGUUGCAGCGCGAGUUGACCGCUAUGGAGGCGACUGAAAUCGAGAACCGCGUCCUGCAGACCACAUGCACCGCGCCCUCCGUCCCUGUUGGCGACCCUGCGGCGGCGGUGCCCACGCUGCUUCAGUACCCUCAGGGUUCUGCGCUAGCGUCUGGUGAGCAAGAGCGGGUGGAUGCAAGCUGCGCUUCUCUGCGUUUCUCCGCCCUGGGCGCGCGUGCGCCGCGCUCCACGUAUGCGCCCUCGCACGACAAGGCCGCGGUCUCCGUAUCAGAGAGGAAAGAGGCGUUUCAGACGCAGGCUUACUCGACAUCGGCGCCCCUCCCUUCUUUCUCGCGCGUCCUCACGUCUCCGCAGCGCAGCAGCCACUCCGGUGAGGGCAGUUGCGCGAGGAUUGCCGUCGCUGCAGCCGAGGGAGGAGUCAGGACGUUUCCUUCUGCCCAGAAAAGCGGAUCCUCGGGGUUAGGUCAGCCUACUGGCGGCCGCUCGGCGAGCUGUGGAAGCGCAACUGCUUCCCCGUUUUCCACGCUUGCGCCGACGACCGACUACGGCGCCAAUAACCGCCAUCUCUCCGCGUACGCCUCUUCCCUUGCGGAGUCCCCCCAGCUCCAGACACAGAGAUGGCUGGUAAGUGAAGAAGAGCAGAAAGGACACAGAAGCCUACUUUUUGAGCGAGGUGGAGACCGCGUCAGCGAAGCACCUGGGUCGCUCGUGGGCGGCCGCGCAGGGCUGAACAGACAAGACAGCCGAGGCAGCUUUUCGCACGCGCAAGGCCCGACCCUGCUUGGGGCCGUGGGCGCGGCACUUCGAACCCGAGAGACGCUCAGCGACGAGGAUCAGCUCAGGAUUCUCAUGAGCCAGAUAGGGCCGUAG